AAUAGUGGAGCAAAAUUAGUGUGUGAGUUGAGUUUAGUUUUUUGGUGGGUGUGACUAUCACCUACUGGAGAUGAGCAAAAGGACUGGUUUGGUUAGACCAGAUCGCUCCCUUGAAAAGACCGAUACUAUUUAGGACGAGAUCAGUCCAGUCUUUUUGGAACCGGUCAGAACUAGUUCCGUCUUCAUUGACAAAUAGGGACCUUUUGGGAUUGGGUUGUCCGGUUAGGAACGGUCCAAGUCUGGUUCGGUCCUUAUUUUGGAUAUGUGAAAAUUUUAAUUUUUUGUUCUUAAAAAAGAUAAAAAAUAAAAAUUCUAAUUUUUAAUUACUGGUAUUUAAUUUAUUUGAUUUCAAUACUUUGUUGAUUUAUAAUAACUAUAUAUGCAACAUUAAUAUUUUUAUCUAAAGUGGAAGUUGGAUAGAAUAAACAAAAAAAUAAAUUUUAAUUUGUAUGUUUUGUACAUCUGAGAUUUUUUAUUUUGUUAUCACUUAUUUAUAAAUUAAUAAAUAACAAAGUAAAGUACUAUUCUGUUUGUUAGGGCAGUUGGUUCAUAUUAUUGUACUAACAAAAAUCAUGUUAAUAAAAGGUUAUUUAUGGUGUUCCUUUUUUGUUCAUAGGACCAAAAUUUCAUCUUCUACCAUCUCAAUUUAUUAAAGACUACUUACUUUGACUGCGUAUUCUUAUUGUUAGUGAUAUGUGCUGUAUUUCUCUGCUUGACCGCUGUGAUACAAUAUUGAGCUUGCAGAGAUUUGAGUUUUAAUAAUAUUGAAGGAGGGAUUGAUGGUCUUCAACGUCUUGAAAAUGUCCAGUUCAUGUAUCUGACGAAUAACUCGCUUAGUGGGCCAAUUCCUCAGUGGGCUUUAAAUACAGAUUCAAGACAUGACAUAGACCUUUCUUACAAUAACUUUGAGGAGAGCUCUGUGCCAUCAACCUGUCGAGAAACCUUGUAAGAUUUUGUCAUUUUUGUGCAUGUAAUGUUUCUUUUUAACAAAAAUCAUUUUAGCUGACUUUUGCAUUGGCGCUAGAAACUUAUUCAAAAGCUAUCGCGGAGGAAAUAAUUUGUAAGUCUUAACAUUUUCCAACACAUCAUGGUUGUUGCUACACACUAAAUUUAGGUUAGCCUCUCAAGACUAAAAAUCUCACUUACCUUAUCUCUUUGUAUAGAGAAGCUGGGAAGUGUCUAAGUCAAUGUACUAAAGAUUGGUAUUCAUUCCACAUUAAUUGUGGUGGAGACAAUGUGUUGAUUGGUGAUACCACAUAUGAAGCAGACGAAGAUUCUGCAGGUUUUGCAAAAUUUGUUCCUAACAGAGAGAACUGGGUAACCAGUACUACAGGGGUCUUUUGGGAUAGAAAUAAAACACUUUCUGACUAUAAAGCAACAAACAUAUCCGUUAUCAAGGGACAAGACUCUGAGCUCUACACCACGGCUCGGCUAUCUCCUUUAUCUCUCACUUACUAUGGACGUUGUUUAGCUAAUGGAAACUAUACUGUGAAACUUCAUUUUGCGGAGAUAGUUCUGAGAGAUAAUAGCUCUUUUCAGAGUCUCGGAAGGCGCAUAUUUGAUGUAUUUAUACAAGGUGAGAGGAAAUUGAAAGACUUCAACAUUAGAACUGCUGCGCAAGGUGUUGAUAAAGCCUGGGUAGAACAAUUUAAAGUACCCGUCAAAGAUAAAACUCUAGAGGUGCGCUUUGAGUUUGCUGGGAAAGGAACAACAGCAGUCCCAAGUAGAGGAUCAUAUGGUCCUUUAGUAUCUGCCAUUUCUGUGCAAUCUGGUAAAAUCAGUGUAAAUUAUUUUUCAAAGUAUAACAAAUAGGGUGAAUAAUACAGCAUUUUUAUGUAUAGAAUAUGUGUGUGCACAGUGUAUUUAUGAUUUUAUUUUGAAAAGGGUUAGUAUUUAGCUACUCUUAACUAAUUUUGCACGUUCAUAGUUUCUGGUUGAUUGCAGAUACAUAAUGAAAAAACAUAUAACUCAUUCUUGUGUCUCUUUGAUAAAUGUGCAGAUUUCAAGCCUCCCAAGAAGAGAAAAGUUUUAAUCAUAGCCAUUGCGGUACCUUCUUUAUUUCUUAUUCUCACAAUUAUUUGUUUCACUUGGUGGAAAAUGUGGAUGCGAAACAAGGCCUCACAAGGAGACGGUAAUAUACACUUUCUGGUCCAAUUUCCGAUUAUAAUUCCAAUUAGGAACAUUGAUUUUUUGUUAAUUUUUGCAUUCACUCAAAUGAGAAUACAAUCCAGUACAAUCCCAACUCCAUCGGGGUCUGCUUACCCCUGUGAAAACAAAGAGUUUUCGGUUAGACCCUGGAUGCGCUGCUGCAUUUACUACCCAAAACUAAAUAGAUACUAAGAAGCAAGGGAAGUUUAAUGUGCUUUUUUAGUCCAUUAUGUGCACGAAACUUAAACAUUGCAAAUGAUGACUCUUUUAGUCCAUUUGUCUUGUAAACAGAAGUAAACUCACACUAAAGGAUGAGGUGAACCACUGAACCAAAUAAAUAUUGUUGAAGAUUUGCUCUAUAUAGUCAACCCCAAAUGUUAUUUUGAUGCACUAAUAAUUUCUUAAAAUUUGUUAUGAUGCAGAAUUAGAAGGUCUUGAUCUACGAACUGGCACAUUUACCUUCAAACAGAUAAAAGCUGCAACAAACAACUUUGAUCCGGAAAAUAAGCUCGGGGAAGGUGGUUUCGGCUCUGUGUACAAGGGUAUGCUAUUGGAUGGUACAGUUAUUGCUGUGAAACAGCUUUCUUCCAAAUCAAGACAAGGAAACCGUGAAUUUUUAAAUGAAAUAGGCAUGAUUUCUUGUUUGCAACACCCUAAUCUUGUUAAACUCUAUGGGUGUUGUGUUGAGGGAAAGCAGCUGCUGUUGGUGUACGAGUACUUAGAAAACAACAGCCUUGCCCAUGCUCUUUUUGGUCCAGAAGGGGAGCAAUUGAAAAUAGACUGGCCUACCAGACAGAGAAUCUGUGUUGGUAUUGCAAAAGGUUUAUCUUUCUUACACGAAGAAUCAACAUUGAAAAUCGUUCAUCGAGAUAUCAAAGCCUCAAAUGUGCUCCUAGACAAAGACCUCAAACCCAAAAUUUCUGAUUUCGGUCUUGCUAAACUUGACGAUGAUGGAGAUACCCACAUCAGCACCAGAGUUGCAGGGACUAUAGGAUACAUGGCUCCUGAAUAUGCAAUGUGGGGUCACUUGACAUACAAAGCCGAUGUCUACAGUUUUGGUGUGGUAGCACUGGAAAUUGUUGCCGGGAAAAACAACAUGAAGUAUCGUCCCGAUGAAAACUAUGUUUGCCUCCUUGAUUGGGCACGCGUUGUUCGUAGAAAAGGAAACCUUAUGGAUAUAGUAGAUUCAAGUUUGGGUUCCAAUUUCAACAAAGAAGAAGCAAUUAGGAUGAUCAAAGUAGCCCUGUUAUGUACCAAUUCUUCUCCGGUCCUCAGGCCAUCCAUGUCAGCAGUAGUGAGCAUGCUUGAAGGUCGUGCCGAUAUUCGUGAGCACAACUCUGACCUGUUGUCUAUGGAUGCGAAUGAAUUCGACUACCGAGCUUUUCGACAAACGCACGAUGAAAUGCCAAGUGAUUCUUCGAACGGAGUAGAUUUUUCUUCAACUGCAAACUAGUAAUGAAGUGUCAUCCAAACAAAGUUGUGCUUCUGAAAGACCAAGCUCCCAAGCCAAUGUGUAUUUUCCACAUUUCACUAGUGUAAGAUUUUGACAUUUUUUGAAAAAAAUACUCCCUCCGUUCCAAAUUAUAAUGCUUGUUUACUAUUCACAGGGUCAAACUUCAUUCACUUUCUUUCUCUAUUUUCGUUAGCAAUUUGAUAAAAUAAAAUAUUAUUGUCACUACUAGUUUUGUAGAUCUUUUGAUGUAGUUUUUUAAUAUGUAAUUUUUAUUUUUUUAAUUCUAUACCAUUUGUCAUAUAAAAUGAUUUGAAAAUAAUUUCAGUCAAACAUC